AAUACAUUUUUCACAUCACACCAAACUCCAACUUUUAAAAACAAAAUAAAUAGAUAUGUAAGAAGCAAUUCUGGAGAGUAUAUGCUUUCAUUGAGUCUCCGAAGAUUCAUAAUUCCGGCGAGAUUCCUGCAUCGAUCAAUGGCCACCAACAGUGGGAAGAAGUUUAUACGAAUUGAUAUCAGUUCGGAUACUGUGUGCCCCUGGUGCUUUGUGGGGAAAAAGAACCUUGAUAAAGCUAUAGCGUUAACCAAUGAUCAAUAUGAUUUUGAGAUUAAGUGGCAUCCGUUUCUUCUCAACCCUUCUGCGCCUAAAGAAGGGGUUAACAAGAAAGAUUACUACAGAAAUAAGUUUGGACCUCGCUCUGAACAAAUGAUGUCAAGAAUGUCAGAGGUUUUUAAGGGCAUUGGACUGGAAUAUAACAUGUCAGGACUUACGGGAAGUAGUCUGGACAGCCACAGGCUACUAUAUUUCGCAGGACAACAGGGGCUUGACAAGCAAAAUAAUCUUGCUGAGGAGCUUUUUCUUGGCUAUUUCACACAGGGAAGGUAUAUAGGUGACAGGGAAUUUCUUAUAGAAGCUGCAAGAAAGGUUGGUGUAGAAGGAGCGGCUGACUUCCUUGAAGAUCCCAACAAUGGGCUAAAGGAGGUGAAUGAAGAGCUUCAGCAACACUCAUCAAAUAUAUCAGGCGUCCCACAUUUUGUGUUAAAUGGCAAGUACCAGUUGAGCGGUGGCCAACCUCCAGAGAGCUUCAUCCAAGCUUUUCAAGCUGCUUCAAAUGUCGCAACAUAGUUCGUCUCCAACUUCAUUUUGAGUCUUUCUACCUUUGUGAAGUUGUAUACCCACUGGAUAGGAUACUGGUGAUUCUUUCUUAAAGUGGGAUGAAAUAUUCGAUUAGUAUUAUAUAUGCCUCUACUCUAGUGUAAGUAAAUAUUGUGGAUGCUUUACCAGUGGAUGUGAAAAGAUGACAUGAUAAUAAAAUCCACCUAGAAUAUUGACAGUA